UAUUAAAGUGUCUUUUUUCUUCUUUUUCUUAAUAAAUUACAUUAUGCCUUUAACAAGUUUGAGAUAUUUUUUUGGUGGAGCUAUUACUGCUGAACUCCCUCAAGAUUUCAUAGAUGCUAGGUUAAAAUUGGAAUUUAUAUUUUUUUAAAAAAAUGUAUUAAUUUUACUAAGUCAGUUCAGAGAAAUACCAGAUCAUCAAGAAGUAUUAGUAAAUAUUAAUGAUGAAAGAAGUAUUAUGAUUGAACUUUUAGAAAUUGCACCUGUAGAUGAUAUAGAUGCAUCAAAAUUUCAUUUUGAUAGUUUAGCACAAGAUAAUGAAUCAGAAGAGAGUUUAAUCAUAAAUUUAUCAUGUAUUACAUUAGAAAAAAGUGGAUAUACAGUAUAUCUUCUUGAAGGAUUACAAAAAAUAUAUAAAUAUGAUAAGCGAUCGUCAGAUUAUGUAAAUAAAGAAGCCAAAGAUCCAUUAUUGGUGCCAUAUGUUGCGAUUUUUUUAUCUGUUUUACGUUUACAUGAAAAAUCUACAGAUAUUGUUAUAUCUAUAAAUAUUCCAUUCAUAGAAAUACAGUAUUUAAGUUCUUUUUUAAAGAAUUUAUCAUUUGGAAUAUCAGAAUUAAUAUCUAAUCCAGAUCCAAAUCAUUUAAAUAUUUUAAAAAAUAUAUUUGAUAUGCAAGAAACACAAUUUUCAACAAGAGAAACACUUAUGAAUAUUUCAAAUACUUUACAAAUUCAUGAUUGGUCAUUAUUUGUAAACAAUUAGGGUGUUAGUUUGUUUU